ACGCAAGCCUUUGCUUCCUUUUCCAUAACAAAUCACAGUUUCAUAUUUCUGGCACAGUAAUCGGACUGAAACCGAACGCUGCGUUGUUCGAUUGCUUCGGUUGUCAUGUCAGCAGAGUAUGAAGAUUACCGUUCAGGUGUAUUAAGAAUCGACGAAUCAGCCUUCGUUAUACUCGGCGUACUUGGGGCAGUCCUGUUUUUCCUUCUUUACUUGUAUUGGUGUGCUGGAGAGUGUGCGAAGCAGAACAUCCGACGUCUGGGAGUGAUUAUUCUUGUACGCAAGCGUACAGAGAGCGUAGAAACUCUAUGCCCCAGUGUAGAGGACCCCUCAGACAUUGAGACAGCCCCACACAUUCCCCCUGAAACACAAGACGUCGCACCAGCCUCUCAGAUGCUCCACUCACCGGAAACGAAACGCUAACUGGCGAAAACCAGGUCGGUACGCACGAGAAUGAGACAAAAAUUAACAGACGUCGCUCCGAAACUACAAGAACCAACUCGUCAUUCUUCCACACACGUUUAAGAAUAAUGCGUGAGGGCGUAGCAGCUUUCGUGUAUUCGUCUGUCAGUCUUUAUGCACGUAAUUAGAAGUCUAUCGGCUAAAUGUAAUUCUGGUCCAAACUGGUGUCAUUUUACACAAACGAAGAAAAUUUAAUAUGUUUAUAUGUUGUGUAUUUUAAUGAUUUUUUAAAGAUAAUUGCCAGAAAACAAAAUUUUAAAAUUAUACCCAUGAGAAUGCAGCAAAUGACUGUAGCUACAUAACGUGAUAAUUUUUUAAAUUAUAAAUUAAAUUGGCCAUUUAAAAAUGAAUUAACAGAAUGAUUGAUUUAAUUGUUUGUUUUAAUGUUAUUAUGAAUAAAAGCUACUAAAAUCUACCUAAGAUAGGUAUAAGAUUCUGUUUUAAUUUUCAAUUAAAGUAUUGUCGCACUUAAAAUAUUUAAACGUAAAGUCCUUAUUUUAAAUAGUACUUAGAGUUCCUAUUGUUUAUGAUAAGCUAAGUGAUCUCGCAAUAUAUUUUAUUUUUUGAUAUGGAACGAAUAGUAAUACACAGAAAGAAGACUGACAAAUUAGACUGGUUUUAAAUAAAAAAUGUGAUUCUAUGUAGCAACUUUCGGCUUAUAAAUAUGUAACAUACCUACAUGUAUCUACUGAAGAAACAUUAUGUCAUACAAAUAAACUUGAAACUCGUAA